UUGGGGUUGGACUGGGGACCGGUGCUGAUGUCGGUUGUUUUCUUCAUCCUGUUGAGCCCUGGAGUACUGUUUCAGCUGCCUGGAAAGAGCAAAGCUCUAGAAUUCGGUGGGUUUCAGACAAGUGGCCCCUCCAUUGUCAUCCACACUCUCCUCUUCUUUGCCUUCAUCACCAUCUCCCUAAUCGCCCUUCACAUCCACAUUUACGCCGCUUAG